AUGUCUGUAUUAUAUCUUGUAACAGUAUUAUAUGUUAAUAAAUUUUUAUUGAAAAAUAUCUCCGAUAAUAUGAUAUUGAAUAAAAAUACUUCUUUAAUAUUACAAAAUCAAAUUUGUAAAAAUACGAGCAAGAAAUGGAUUGUACUUACAACGAUAUUUUAUCCAACAAAAGCUGUCGAACUUUUCUUAACACUUGACGACUGGAUGUUGGUUGUUAUUGCCGAUAGAAAAACUCCGAUUGAUUGGCUUUCUCGUAUCCGACCUAGUUUACGUCAAAAACUUAUUUAUCUUAGUUUAUCAGAUCAAAAAUUAUUAAAUUAUGGGAUUGUUCGAUUUCUUCCUGAAGGUUCUUAUGCUCGAAAAAAUAUUGGAUAUCUUGUAGCUAUUCAAUGUGGAGCUAAACUUAUUUUUGAAUCAGAUGAUGAUAACUUUAUCGAAGAUAAGUUCAUUAAACAUUUACCAAAAAUUAGUUCUCCUAACAUUAUACCAAAUAUUGCCUUUCAUGGACAACGUUCUUCUUUCAUAAAUAUAUAUGGAUCGUUUCAGGGUUGCCAACUGUACCCCAUUUUGGGAGUUGGCAACCCUGGAUCGUUUGGUCAUCCAAACAUGUGGCCAAGAGGUUUUCCACUUGAACAAUUAAAAAAUGUGAGUGAAGAUGGAUGGAGUUCAUUACAACGAAAUGAUGAACAUAUUCAUGCAUAUAUUCAACAAUUUCUAGCUGAUCUCCAUCCUGAUGUUGAUGCUAUUUAUCGUUUAACAAAUUCAUUCAAUCUUGGUCAUAUUAAGUUCAAUCGUGAACAAACACCGAUCGCCUUAGAGCCAUUUACUUUUUCUCCAUAUAAUACACAAAAUACAAUCACUUAUUAUGAAGCAUUCUGGGGUUUAUUUCUUCCUGUAACAACAUCAUUUCGUGUUUGUGAUAUUUGGCGUGGAUUUUGGGUUCAACGACUUCUGUGGGAUAUUGGUGGAAGACUUGUUUUUGCAGGACCAACUGUUAAACAGAAAAGAAAUGUUCAUAGUUUAUUUAAUGAUAUGAAAGAAGAACAACAGAUGUAUUAUGAAAGUGCAGCAUUUGUUCGAUUCCUUUCUUCAUGGAAAUCAUCGUCAACAUCUCUUUUCGAAAAUAUUCGUUCUCUUGCAAAUAAUAUUGUAAAACAAGGAUUUUGGAAAUCAGCAGAAGAAAAGUAUUUAGAUAUUUGGCUUAACGAUCUACUUAAUCUUGGUUAUGAACCUCCACCAUUAAUAAAUUUAAUAAACAAAGAGAAAAAGAAGAGUAAACGACAACGUGCUGCAGUUUGUGUUACAGGAAGAUUAGCUUGUGUCAAUGAAUCUUAUUUUUUAUUUGAAAAACAAUUGCGAAAAAGACUCCAAGGUCCAAUUGAUAUAUUUUAUUAUUUAUCGUCAUCAAUCCCAGUUACACCUUGCCAAUGUUUUAAUAUAACAUUUAUCAAUAAUGCAGCAGUAUACAUACUAUAUGCCAAACAAAGCUUAUAUUAUCAACAAUGGAAAAAAUCAUGUUUUAUCAAUUCCUCUCUAUCACACAAUCAGAAAGAAGAGAAAUUUGAAAAUAUGUGGUCACAAGCAAAAUGUUAUGAUCUAGUUAGUUCAUAUCAGAAACAGAAUAAUGUUAAAUAUAAACUAAUGGUUCAUGUACAAUUUGAUUCUACUUUUGUUAAGAUGCCAAUGUCUUAUGAAAGAGAUUCACCAUUUGAUGUUAAUACCACAAUUAUAUUUCCAGAUAAUAACUAUACUGAUGAAAUUAAUGAAGAAUUUGCUAUUGGUCCUAUUCAUAAAAUGUCAUAUUAUAUGCGUCGAUGGUAUGCAUUACAAAAUUGUUCCCUUCGAUCACUAAAUUUACACCAGCAACUGAAAUCUAUGGUUGAAUUGAAUACAUCAAUAUCAUUCGAUAAUGAAACUAUAAUUAAUAUAAAUAAAUCAGAUAGAUGUUAA